AAACCAAACAACGAAAGAACUGUCAAACGAUUGCGAACAACAACUAGCGCAAGCCAUGGGCACUGAAGAAGACGAUCUCGAUCUUCUCCUUUCUCUCCAAGAUAAAGUCGUUGAAACUCCUCCUGGAACUCCGCCUCAUACCUCAGAUCUUCUAUCUGACGAUGAAUCACCAAGACGAGCAGGUCCGGCGGAUAUGUCUAUCUUCAGAAACGCUGUCAAAGACUGCCUUGAUUAUGACCACAUACGGACUGAAAAAAAUGCAAAAACGAACCGGUCUAAGGCGUCUAAUGAUAUUUCAAUCGAGAAGUUUUCUGGUUUGCGAAUGAGGAAUCAAGUUGUAGCACCUGCAGAGCUUCAUGAUCGUUUUUCUGAUAUUCGCUUUGUUCGUUUGUCAACCAUAAAGAAUCUGUUGAUUGGGGACACCCUUUCAGGGUGUUGGGUGACUGUCGGAGUGUUGACUGAGAAAGGAAGUCAAAGGACAAGCUCUACUGGGAAAGCUUACUGCAUCUGGAAACUUAGUUGUUUGGAUGAACAAACCGUUUCUGUGUUCUUAUUUGGUGAUGCUUAUCAAAGAAAUUGCAAGGAGCUGGCUGGAACAGUUUUUGCCCUUUUUAACUCUACAGUACGAAAGGAUGCAACGGGCAUGGGAUUUUCUUUAAGUGUUUAUCAACCAAACCAGUUGUUAUUGAUGGGCACUUCAGAUGACUAUGGAGUAUGCAAGGGGAAGAAGGAUGGGAUUGCUUGUACAACAGUAAUAAAUAGGCGACGUGGCAUAUACUGUAAAUACCAUAAAUCAAAGGCAUCAGAAAAAUAUUCCACAACCACACGAACUGAGCUCAAAGGAGGUAAUCUGAGGACUGCAUUCAGAGAUUAUCAUCAUAAGCCAGAGGGAGUUUACAUGGUAGAUCCGCGAGCUGGUAAAGUGACUUCUAAAAGGCCAACACAGCCGGUAAAACUGUUGUCUGUGGAAAGCCUGAAAAGGGCAUUGAGCAAUGCAGAUAAAGUUACCACCAACGCACACUCACAAGGGAAAAGAUUCCUCGCUGAGAUAACAGGGAAAUUGUAUAGCGAAAGUGUAAAUAAAGAACCAACCAAAAGAAGUCAGCAGAGAAUCAGUUCAGAAAAGACAUCAAUUUUGAAGUCGAGAGUUGAAAACCAACAACCAGAUCCAAAAAGAAAGAAAACUGACCAUACUCCGGCAAACAAAACCACUAAAGAUAUCGGAAAGAUGAUAGAGUUAGAUUAUGUUAGUUCAGAAGACGAGGAUGAUAUCGACCUUAUAUUCAGCAGAUAAGUUAAAAUUAGAGCUUCGGUUCUUACAACCAGAGGAGAUAUGGUAUUGAUUCAUGGACUACUGCGGCAACAAGGUUUUGUUUAUAUUGAAAUGGGAGGAACUCUAUUUUGCUUAUUUGAGGCCAUUUUUUUAGCUUCCCUUUUGUUUUCUUUGCAUAACGAGUUGGUGGUUUUACACAGCUUGAUGCCAGAUGGCUCAAUGCAAAGCUCUAAUUGUUGAUAUAAAACAAAGGGGGGAGAAAUAGUCAUCCAUGCACAUGGGAUAGGUGAUGCCCUACCCAUCUCGUAUUUUUUGUUUUGAUUCAUUUUGGUUUUUGUAUUGUCAAAAUCCACUAUCGUACUUUUUUAUCCUAAAUCUGGUCCUUUAAAAUGAAAAUGAAUGGAUCAAAAUAGUUACUUCUUUGAA